GCAGCAUUAAACAAGACCUUUUCCAAAUUCCCGACGGCCUCUUCACCUCGCCGGCGAAAGGAGGGGGUCGAGGUGGUGUUCGUGGUGGCGGCGGAGCUGGUCCUCCAGGCGGUGGAAGGGGAAGCCUAGAUCUGCCUCCUGCCUCCGCCGCCCGAUCCCUGGUUGGUGGUGACCAUCAUGGACGCACCAAAGUUCCCGACCCGCCCUCCCGCCGCCCGUUUCUUCUCAUUCCCGGCCAAGAACCCGUCCUCUGCCCACAAGCCCCACAGCCGGAGCCUAUGGCUCUCGAUCGCCUCGUCGGUGGUCUUCGUCGUGCUCGUGUAUCUCGCCGCUGCCUCCCGGAGCCCGCCUCCUCCUCUUCGAUUUGGGAUCAUCAUAGACGCCGGGAGUUCUGGCACUCGGAUCCAUGUCUUCGGAUCGAAGGGGGAGUCGGGUGCCAUUCCGUCACUCGUUCCCGGGUCGACGGCGGUGAUGAGGGUGACCCCGGGGCUGUCGGCGUUCUCGGGGGAUCCGGAGCGAGCCGGGGCGUCGUUGGAGGAGCUGUUGGAGUUCGCCAAGGGGAAAGUGGCGAAGGACCGGUGGAGGGAUACGGAAGUCAGGCUAAUGGCGACCGCGGGCUUGAGAAUGGUCGACAUGGGGCCGAGGGAGAGGAUUCUGGAGUCUUGCAGGCGGGUCUUGCGGCUAUCGGGUUUCCGAUUCAAAAAUGAAUGGGCAACUGUGAUACCAGGGUCUGAUGAAGGAACAUAUGCUUGGGUUGCUGCAAAUUAUGCACUUGGUAGUUUAGGUGGCGAUCCUGAAAAGACCACUGGCAUAAUGGAACUCGGCGGAGCUUCUGCACAGGUGACAUUUGUUUCAAGUGAAACGUUGCCUUCUGAGUUCUCCCGCAUGCUGACUUUUGGGAAAACCACAUAUAAUCUCUACAGUAACAGCUUUCUCCAUUUUGGACAGAAUGCUGCUCAUGAGUCACUACGAAAAUUGCUUAACUCAAGGGACAUAAAAACAUCUGACGUGUCUAGACAGGAGGGAACUCUUGUCGAUCCCUGCUCCCCUAAAGGAUAUUCUCAUGGUGAGUGUUCAUUAGCAUUUUUCCCUGAUGUCAUCAAUACAUAUCUGGACCAUAAACUGGUUUUACAUGCAGGGGGCAACUUUUCAGAAUGUAGGUCCACUGCAUUAAGUCUGCUGCAAAAGGAAAAAGAUAAUUGCCUCUAUCAGCUGUGCCACUUGGGAUCAACUUUCAUACCUAAGAUGCAAGGGAACUUCAUAGCAACUGAAAAUUUCUUUUACACUUCAAAGUUCUUUGGUCUGAGUCCAACAUCAUCACUAUCCGAAAUGAUGCAUGCUGGGGAGGAAUAUUGUGAACAAGACUGGUCAAAGACUAAAAAGAAGUAUCAUUCUGCAGAUGAGGAAGACCUGUCUCGGUAUUGUUUCUCUGCAGCAUAUAUAGUGGCGCUUCUACAUGACAGUUUUGGUAUUCCUCUGGAUGAUAAGAGGAUUGAGUACUCAAAUCAGGUGGGAGACAUGGAAAUCGAUUGGGCUUUGGGAGCUUAUAUUGUGCAGAGUAUGACAAAGAGUUCAGAAAGUGUGGGCUGGGUGACAGCCAUGAUCCAUGGCGACUUAGUGUUGCUGCUUCUUGUGGCUUCUGCUUUGCUGGUUUUGACUGCUUGGUUGGUGUCCAAAUGGAGGCGGCCCCGAAUGAAGACUAUAUACGACUUGGAGAAAGGUCAUUACAUAAUUACCCGUGCCAGUUAAUGAUGCCAAUUACCAAGGGCUUAUCUAAUAUAACUUUAGUCUUACCAAACGUGAGCUCUUCCAUAGAAUUGAAACCAUAAGGGUUGGCCAGUGUACACAUUGCUCUUACAUGUCCGUUGAGAAAUCACAGUUCUUGUGCACGGUUAUUUAUAUUACAUUCUUUAUUGCUCUCUAGUAAUGAACUGUUAUUGUUUCAAGAAGGGAUUGUACUUCUAUUGUGAAAGGUCAUUCUUGUUUUGUUUUGGUAACUUUGUAUAUGAAGAAAUAAAUAGAAACCUGAUGCCAUGAGUUUUGUCUCCA